UUUACAAUGGUUGCAACGUUAACAGAAAAAAAAACGACGGGAGUUUGCAAAGUGCGGAAGGCGCGUCAAAUAAACAGAGUGGUGAUUUUGAAUUUGAAUUAUUUUGUUAUAUUUCUAGUGAAAGUUUUGUUUUUCUGCAUGGCUCAGCAGAACGACUCCUGGUUCAGCUGUAAGCGGCCUGCUGAGGUCGUUCGGCUGAGGAGAAAAAGAGCCCGUAGGUCUACUGCCGCUGAGAGUCCCGGACCGAGCGGCUCUUCUCCGGCUUCUGGCCCCUCCUUAGCAACUCCCAGCCUCCACAGCCAGUCCACAAGCAGAGGGAAACGUAGGAAUCCUUUUUUGACCUCGGACUACACUGUCAGUCGGCCGAAGAAAGUUUUAGUCGAAGACGUGGACUGUGAAAAUGUGGGUACUUUUAUAAAACGAAUGUCCUCGGAGAAGACAUCAGGGGACAGCAGAAGUGGUCCACCAGGAGACAGCUCGUUGGAGAAGUCUCUGUCUGAAGAAAAGCCUCUGUUGGAAACAGAGGAGCAACAUACUGACAAUCUGCUGCUCAAGAACCCACUGGCCAUCACACCCUCCUCCAUAGCUCCUGUUACUCCUGUUAGCUGUGCAGAGUAUCCAGCUGACUGGAGCUUGAAAACUCGGGUCAUCUUCACCUCUCCCGUCUCCUUGUCGUGGACAGAGCAACCGAAAGCUCAGGAAGAAGCUCUGGGGCUCAGCAACAGCUGCAGAGCAAAGUUUCCCAUGCUCCCGCACAAUCUGCAGGAGCCCAGGUCCUGGUCCGACGCCCGGUCUGCCUUCCAGCAGAGCUUGGUGUACUGGCAGCACCCUUGUCUGCCCUGGCUCUCUUUGUUCCCCAGGAUCAAUGCUGAAAAGAACUUCUCUGGGAAGAACCUGCCCUGGACUCAGGAUGAAGCAGUACAUGAGAGUCUUGUGAAGGAAUGGUCUGUCAGUUUGUCUUCUCUCUACAGCCUUUUAAAGAUGGGGCUGUGCCCAUACUUCUAUGUCUGCUCCUAUCAGUUCACAGUGUUGUUCAAGGCAGCAGGCCUUGGAGGGUCAGACUGCAUAACUGCCUUAAUUUCUCCUACGACUCGAGGUCUCAGAGAAGCAUUGAAGGCUGAAGGUGUGGAGUUCAGUCUUCCCCUGCUGAAGGAAAGGAGGCGGAUUAAUGAGCAACAUAAAAGUAUUCAAAAGAAAGAUGAGGAAAUGGAAAACGAGAACAAAGAUUUCUUGCAGAUGGAUGAGGACUAUCAGAAUUGGGAUGAAGAAGAUGAUGGAUGCAGCCAAGGUGAAGACGACAGCUUGUCUUGGCUUAAGGAGAUAGGAAUCCAGGACAAACUCAGAAAACCUGAAUGCAUUAACUUACAGCUACAAAAAGAAGCUCCAACUCUGUCUCUAGACCAUAAACCUGAGUCGGCUGUAUGUGUGGAGGGAUCCCACUCCUUCAAUCUCAUCAACUUCCUAAUCAACUGGAAGAGUGUGGUGGCUGCAGCUGGUUCUCAGACUGGUCUGCCACCAACCUUGCUGGCCCCCACUGCCUUCAGAGGGGCUACCAUGAAUGUGUUGAAGGGCCGCAGCGUUAAUGUCAAGAACUUGGUCGAUUGUACCUAUCAGAACAUUAGCAGUCUGGAGCUCACAGGACCCAUCCUUCCUUCAUCGCUUCAUGCCAUCACAACUCUUCUUCAGAAUGCACAAAAAGGCAACUUCUCUGCUGCUCUUUAUACUCAUACACCCACUGCUGUCAUGAACAUAGAAACCUACAGGACACGGCGUAGCAGGGCAGUGGGAGACCUGACUCACUGUGGUCUUCCUCCUGCUUCAAUUAAUCAUCUCCAGCAGCCAUCCACUCUUGGCAAAACUACCCUGACGCACAUUACAAUGAAUAACUACAGCUACACCUGGAAGAUUGGAUAAAACAGAGACGGUGCACAUCUGAAACCAUCACACCUCAAGCAAAAAAAACCACAGCCUAUGGAAUUUCUUCAAUUCUUUAAAUUUUGUUGGUUUUUCAUCAAGCAUAGGUGUAUUUUUUGUUAAUUGUUUUUAAAUAAUAGUUCAUAAUAAAACCUAUUUAUGCAAGUAA